UAUGCAUGUGUAACCAUAAAGAUUGACAGAGGAAAGACAUGGACUUUCCGAGGUUUAUUUUUGUUAUAUCUGUUCUUACAGUAAUGUUUCUGAGUUCAGGUAAAAUUUGCAGUGGAUCAUUCACAAGUAGUUUUGUUAGGAAAGCUGAGAAAGGUGUCGAUAUGCCACUUGAUAGCGACGUCUUCAACAUACCUUUGGGCUAUAAUGCCCCUCAACAGGUCCACAUAACACAAGGAGAUCACAAGGGGAAGGAAAUGAUUGUGUCAUGGACUACGAUGGAUGAAGCAGGUUCGAAUACAGUUCUUUAUUGGAGUGAAGAAAACAAGAACAAGAACAAGGCUGAAGGCAUAGUUAUUACCUACAAAUUCUAUAAUUAUACUUCUGGAUACAUUCAUCAUUGCACCAUCAAGAAUUUGAAGUUCAAUACGAAAUAUUUCUAUGAAGUUGGAAUUGGACAUACCACAAGAAGUUUCUGGUUUCUUACACCGCCUAAGGUUGGCCCUGAUGUUCCCUACACAUUUGGUCUCAUAGGAGAUCUUGGACAGACCUAUAACUCAAACUCUACGCUUGCACAUUAUGAAAAUAAUCCAUUGAAAGGAAAGGCUGUGUUGUUUGUUGGAGAUCUUUCCUACGCGGAUGAUUAUCCAUUUCAUGACAAUGAGAGGUGGGAUACAUGGGGAAGAUUCACUGAGAGAAGUGCUGCUUAUCAGCCUUGGAUCUGGACUGCUGGGAAUCAUGAGAUUGAUUAUGCUCCAGAAAUUGGAGAAACGAAGCCGUUUAAGCCUUAUAAACACAGGUAUCGAGUCCCUUCCAAGAAAUCAAACAGCCAUUACUGGUACUCCAUCAAAAGAGCAUCAGCACAUAUAAUUGUCCUGUCAUCCUAUUCUGCCUACGGCACCUAUACUCCUCAAUAUUUGUGGCUUGAAAAGGAGCUGAAGAAUGUCGACAGGAAGGAAACGCCAUGGUUAAUUGUUCUUAUGCAUGCUCCUAUGUAUAAUAGCUACAAUGCUCAUUAUAUGGAAGGUGAAACCAUGAGGGUUUUGUUUGAACCAUGGUUUGUACAUUACAAAGUUGAUGUUGUUUUUGCCGGUCAUGUUCAUGCCUAUGAACGCUCUGAAAGAGUAUCGAACAUUGCUUAUAACGUCGUCAAUGGAUUAUGUAGUCCUGUCAAAGAUGAUUCUGCUCCUGUUUACAUAACCAUUGGUGAUGGAGGAAAUAUUGAGGGUCUGGCCACCAACAUGACACAACCACAACCGAAGUACUCAGCAUUUCGGGAGGCCAGUUUUGGGCAUGGAAUAUUUGACAUCAAGAACAGGACACAUGCUUACUUCAGUUGGCAUCGGAAUGAAGACGGAUAUGCUGUUACUGCUGAUAGCUUAUGGUUCUUGAACAGAAUUUUUAUGAAUGAUCAUCUCUAAUCAAACAUGUAACAGCCUGCACCCAAAAAAUGCAGAAUAUCUGCCAAAUCAAAAGUAGUGCUUAGUUUUGAAGGUGCUUCAACACAGUUCUACAGUUAAGACCUACUUAUCUUUUAUUGUACUGUAUCUGCUUUCUCUUAGGCAGUGCACAUGAUAUAUUAAUAAUGUAAAUUAUUUGAAAACUCAAGACAAAGAAAUCUUAAAUCUUCUACCAUUGAUCAAAAUAAGGAAAAAUCAU